AGCAUGGAGAGCAGCCUUGUCUUCUCUUUCGGCAGCACCGCAUCUCCCACUCCCCACCUCGGUGGGGGCUGCCCUCUCUUUCCUGCAGGAACCAUGGGCUCCCGGCACUUCCCUGCCCGGACUGUGCUCUUUGAGAAGGAGUCCACUGGUGUCACAUACCGCGUGCCAGCCCUGCUCUACCUGCCCUGCGUGGCCAAGCUGCUGGCCUUUGCCGAGGAGCGGCUGAGCGCCGAUGAUGCCCACGCCAACCUGCUGGUGCUGCGCCGUGGCACCGUCUAUGGCAGCUACGUGGAGUGGGAAGACAUGCGGGUGCUGGAGACAGCAGCAUUGCAGCACCACCGCUCGAUGAACCCCUGCCCGCUCUACGAUGAGUUCACCGGCACCCUCUUCCUCUUCUUCAUCACGGUGCUGGGCAGGACACCCGAAGCCUUCCAGAUUGUCACUGGGCAGAAUGUCACUCGCCUCUGCUGUGUCACCAGCGCCGAUCAGGGCCUGAGCUGGAGCAAAGCCACUGACCUGACGCAGCAGGUCAUCGGCAGGGCCAUCAAAGAGUGGGCCACCUUCGCGCUGGGCCCAGGGCAUGGGAUCCAGCUGCGCUCCGGCCGGCUGCUGGUGCCCGCCUACAGCUACCACAUCGACUGCAAGGAGUGCUUCGGGCAGCUCUGCAAGACCACCCCGCACUCUUUCGCCUUCUACAGUGACGACCACGGCCAGGGAUGGCGUUUUGGGGAGUUCAUCCCCAACCUGCAGACAGGAGAGUGCCAGCUGGUCUCGGUGGAUGAGGAGGAUGGCUCCAACGUCCUCUACUGCAACGCCCGCAGCUCCCUGGGCUUCCGUGUCCAGGCACUGAGCACUGAUGACGGGGCUGUUUUCCAUGGGGGGCAGCUGGUCCCACGGCUGGUCGAGCCCCCACACGGCUGCCACGGCAGCAUCAUCGGCUUCCCCGCACCUUUGGUGUACGCGCCGACAUGGGUGCUCUACUCACACCCCACCAGCUCCAUGUCGCGGGUCAACAUGGGGGUUCACCUGAGCACCUUCCCCAGGGAUGCAGACAGCUGGACUGAGCCCUGGGUCAUCUACGAGGGCCCGAGCGCUUACUCAGACCUGGCUUACAUGGAGCUGCCCCACAGCCAGUUUCCCGUCUCUGGUGGCCCGGCCAUUGCUUUUGCCUGUCUGUACGAGAAUGGGAAGCGCUCGCCCUAUGAGCAGAUCUCCUUCAGCAUGUUCACGCUGCACGACGUGCUCCAGAACAUCCCCCUGACGGCUGCAGUGCCCCACAGGAAGCGAAGGCGAAGGAGCUGUUGUGUCUGCUAGAGCCGCCCGCAGCGUCCCCUGGCAGGGGACAGCCACGGGCAGAUGGGGCCGGCUGCCACCGGUGGCCAGGCUGGAGCUAGUGGCACCUGGGGACAGCCUGGCAUGAGCCCUGUGGCACUGUGAGCAGUGCUGAUGUUGGGAUGCUGGGAGCUGGACCGUGCUGAGGGCUGCUGCCCCAAAACAGGGUUUUAUCUCAUUUUUAUAGCUGAUUUUCAAAUAUAUGGUGGUUGGGCUUAAAAGUUCAUGCUGAUACGACCGUGUCACCCCAGUUCUCAGCCAACGUCCCUCUGUCCUACCACCCUUCCUCCAUCUAAAAUCCUUCUGAAUAAAUAACUGAUUCCUAAUGCCACUCCCCUGCCGCUUCCAGCUUCACACCUGUGCUGGAGAUGCUAUCUCACCUGCCCCCAAAAAACCCUGCCAGUGGGUAAGCUUCACACCCAGAUCCACAGCACCCAAAAAGCCAUAUUCAUGUGAAUUAAAGAAGCAGCUAAUCGCUUUCUCAAACACACACAGUCAACCAAAUAUCUGUGGAACCAAGAACCAUCCAGAUGUCGUCCUGAGGGGCACGGCCAGUGGGAACGGUGGGAUGGGUUGUGUUUGGAGGUCUUUUCCAACCUUAACGACCCUAUGAAAUACACAUUGAGUGGCACCAGCCUGACGUUGGCUGUGUGCGUGGAUAUAUACGCAUGAGUGUGAAUUCUG